AUGGGCUAUAAAUACAGGGACGAGUUGCCCUGCCCAUUCAAAAACCAAAUAAGAGCUAUGGGCAUGCUUCAGAAAGUAAAAGAAUUCUUCUUUCCAAAAUAUUUUACCACAUUCAAGCCUAUUAACUAUAAGGAGAGCAUAAAGAUUCUACAUUCAAAUGGCAAUGACUUUAUGGAGAGAUACCGUAAUCUGAUGAGGAUUAACCAUCCCGAUCUUGGAGGAAGUCCGUACGUUUGUAUGAAAAUCAACGAAGCCAAGAACUUUUUGUUAGAAGACAAAAAAGAGCUUAGCCAAAUGGACAAAGGAGAAUAA